AUGACUGGGCCGGAACCUCCCCGCGACUGGGCGAGGCGCCGCCCGGGGUGCGGGGACGGGGGGACGGGGGUGGCCGGACGGGUUAGGGCGCCGGAGCGAGGGCGGGCGAGGCCGGAGGGGGCGGGACUCCUGCCAGGCCAGCGCUCGAACCGCUCUGGCAUUGGCCAGCGGCGAGCGGGGAGGACGGGCGGGGAUUGGCUGGCUUCUGCGGCGGUGGUUCCCUCCCUCGCCUGGGAACCUCCACGUUCAGGGGCAGGCUAUCUCUGCAAGGGCAACUGCCGGGGCAGGGCGCGGGCCUGCUGGGCCUCUUCCAGGGGCGUCUGGGUGAAAGACGGCGCCAAGCAGGGCAGGCCAGGGGCGCACGCCUUUUUGCGCCAGGCGAGCGUGGCGGCCGCCGGGGCUGGGCACCCGUCGGGGCGGGCUGGCACGCCAGCGACCCCAGGGAGGCCAGCGGGGCUCUCGGGGGGCCGGGCAGGGCUGGGGGCCAGAGGCCGGGGACCCGACCCCGCCGGCUGCCCUCCGCUCUGCACGACCCGGCGCCCGACGGAGCGCGCUGGGCAGAGGCGGCGACCCGGCAGCCCGCAGAGGCCACCGGCCAGUGUGCCGCCGGCAGCCGCCGAGGGGGUGGGCGGCGCUUUCCCAGCUGGCGCGCAGCCCCGGGGGGCUCCGCGUGGCAGCGGCGCGGGUCCCCGGAGGGCACCUCUUGGGGGGGGGCGCCCGCCGGGUGUCCUUCCCGCCUCCUCCCGCGACAACGCCUCCUGCCUGUCCCCGGAUCGCCGCUGGCCGGCGGAACUCCCCGCCCCGGGAGAAGGGCGAGUGGGGCCGGGGGGGGGUGCCAGGCGUCGGCCCGGCCUGCCUCGGCGCCGGUGGGGCUCCUCCGUCCGCCAGGGGCGCUGCGUGGCGGCGGCGCGGGCCGAGGCGGGGCGGUGCGGUGCGGGGUCCCGGGAGCGGGAGGCGCGCGGACACUGGGCGGCGAUGAAGCGCGAUCGCCGCGGCCGGUUCCUGCCCGCCGCCGCGGCCGGCAGAGCCGCUCCGGAGACGCCGCCGACGGCCGAGGCUGCCUCCCCAGCCCGCCGCCGACGCCCCGACGCCCGACAGCCCGACAGCAGCGCGCAACACCCGCCGCCGCCACCGACGCCGGAGGAGGAGGAGGCGCAGCCGCCGGAGCCGCGCCGGGCCGCGCCGGGCCAGGAGGUGGGAGCCGCCCAUGCAGGUAUCGGACGGGCUCUGAGCACAGGCUACUGCCGACUCUGCCACGGGAAGUUUUCCUCGCGGAGCUUGCGGAAUGCUUUCGGGAAGGUGCCCGUAACGGGCGAGAGCUCCGAGAAGCAGCGGCGCCUGGACCAAGUCUUCUUCACGGAUUUCCAGCGCCUGGUGGGGGUGGCGGUCCGGCAAGAUCCCGGCCUGCCCCAGUUUGUCUGCAAGAAGUGCCACGCCCAGUUCUACAAGUGCCGCAGCGUCCUCAAAGCGUUCAUGCAGAAGGUGAACGUCUCACCCGCUGGCCACGUCAAGACCAUAGGAAAGAGCAGCAUCCACCCGUCUCCGCUCGCUGCUGAAGGAGCUCCCUCCGUAGACCUGAUCACCUCCAGCCCCCAGUGCCUCCACAACUUGGUGAUGUGGACCCACAACCACGCAGAGAGCUGCCAGACAGCCCCCAGCCUUCAGAGCGUGCUCUCCUCCGAGUACUGCGGGAUCAUCCGAGCCGUGUGGGGCUGUGGGGAGGGCCACGAUUACAUCAUGAGCAUGGACUCAGACUGCAGCAGCCUGCUGGUGGAUAACGCCUUGUCUGUGAAGCAGGACCUGCCCAAGAGCACAACAGUACAGCUUGCGACUGGCAACGGGGUGGCCGCCGCCGCUGCUACGCUGGAAUCACAACAGAGCCUGGCUAGGACAGGAGCCGGCCAGCAGCAUGCAACCACAGGGACCACUUCGCCAGUAUUCAGCACCGAAAACCAGUUGCAGGAAUGCCAGGAUUUGCCUUCCUUGCAAGCCAACUCUGGAGCUGCUUUGCAGGAGAAAAGUCUGCCUCAGCCAGUCUGCCCACUCAACGGUAGUCCCAGACAGCUGAGUGAGAAGCCGGUUCUGCCUGCAGCGUCGGAUGAGCGGGUAAAAGACGAGUUCAGUGACCUUACUGAGGGAGACUCUUCAAGUGAUGAUGAGGACAAGCAAGCACGGUCUUCAGAUGAUUCUUUUGAGCCUUACCCAGAAAAGAAGAUGCCCAACAACCAAAGGGCUGAGAGUAAAGAAUCAAAGGCAGUGGAAAAGCCAAAAAUAAGGAAGAAGCCAGGACCUAAACCAGGCUGGAAAAAGAAGAUCAAAUGCGAAAGGGAGGAGCUGCCAACUAUUUACAAGUGUCCUUAUCAGGGCUGCACAGCUGUGUAUCGAGGAGCAGACGGCAUGAAAAAGCACAUCAAGGAGCAUCACGAAGAAGUGCGGGAAAGGCCCUGCCCCCACCCGGGUUGCAACAAGGUGUUCAUGAUCGACAGAUACCUCCAGCGCCACGUGAAGCUCAUCCACACAGAAGUCCGGAACUACAUCUGCGAUGAAUGUGGCCAGACGUUCAAGCAGCGGAAGCACCUUUCAGUCCAUCAGAUGCGCCACUCUGGUGCAAAACCUCUCCAGUGUGAAAUCUGUGGCUUCCAGUGCCGACAGCGCGCCUCUCUCAAGUAUCACAUGACCAAACACAAAGCAGAGACGGAGCUGGAGUUUGCUUGCGAUCAAUGCGGGAAGCGUUUUGAGAAGGCCCAUAACCUGAACGUCCACAUGUCUAUGGUGCACCCUCUGAUCCAGACUCAGGACAAACUCAAGGCGGCUGAGGCCGAGCCGGAGGAGCAGCCGGAUGCCUCGGAGGCUGCCGACAGCCAGUCAGUAAAACCAGAGCUCUGCGCACAGCAGGAGCCCACCUGAAA